UCAGAAACAUUAUUCACUACACAGUUCCACUGGAGAAGGAGAAAGGAAGACUUCAACCACAUAAAACGUCGAGAGAGAAAAAAAAAGAAAGAUGAAGAGCUUCGCAUCUUUAGCACUUGUAUUCGUUGUACUGAGUUUAUGGAAGGGAACAAACACCGGAGUCAUCUAUAAAUGCGAGCCGUUGAAAAUUAAGACGUGCGCAGAUCUCGGCUACAAUGCAACCGUCUUUCCAAACUUUGCCAAGCAUCGCAGCCAACAAGAAGCACAACAGACAAUCAAAACGCUUCAGCCACUGCUUGAUUCUGGUUGUUCGAAGGAUCUUAUCUACUUUAUCUGCUCUUACUACGUACCGGUGUGCACAUCAUACAGUAUUAUGGUCCCACCGUGUCGUCGUAUGUGUAAGACAGUCAAAGCGAGUUGUUCCAAAAAAAUGAUAGAGCUUUUUAAAAGAGCAAAAUGGCCGAAGGAGUUGAAUUGCAAUAAAUUCCCGAAGCAAGCCAAACAAUCAGUUUGUUUUGGCAGAAACCGUCAAGCAAAGUCAUCUAAAAGCAGCACAUCGUUCAGUUAACUACGAACGAGGAGUACAUGAUAUAUAAUAAUUGGAUCGCGCGAGAACAUAGCAAAAUACAGGAAUGUCGAACUUUAUUUUGUCACGAAAGAAAAAUGUUACGUAACAGUUACGGAUUCCCGUACAUUAAGUAUGGGGAUCGUAAAAAUGGUAUCGAGAAUUUUAAAAAGGAGUAAUAUAUUUGAUGUAAACUAUAGUAUAGGAAGUAUUAAGUUAAUAAAAUAGUUUGAUUUUUGAAA